AUGACGCUAAGCGACCAAGCAAAAGGAACAGAAGCUAAUAAUAGCAAAUUUAUAAACAUAAACAAUACCAAAAUCGACAUUGGUGGUCUAUCUACGGUUGACCGUUCAGCUGCAGUUCUAGUUACAGUUGGAUACAACUAUUUAGGAGCUCAAGGAGAUAUAAACGUUUGGAAUCCAAAUGUUGAUUUGGAAGAUGAUUAUACUGCUGCUCAAAUAUGGCUUAAAGGUGGCCCUGGCGACAGUUUUGAAAGCGUGGAGUCGGGAUGGAUGGUAAAUCCCAAGCUAUAUGGUGAUAAACGCACACGAUUUUUUGCAUACUGGACUGCAGACAGUUACAAGACAACCGGUUGUUUCGACCUCACUUGCACUGGGUUUGUGCAAACAGACCCCCAAAUAGCCCUUGGUGGAAGCCUUGAUGCCAUAUCCAGUAUUGACGGUCAGCAGUAUCAAAUGACUAUUAGCAUAAACCUGGAUCCGAAUUCAGGUAACUGGUGGUUACAGUAUAACAAUCAAGUUGUUGGGUAUUGGCCAGCAAUUCUGUUCAGUGUCCUAAAGCUUAGUGCGAUAUUAGUGGAAUGGGGAGGACAAGUGUUUAGCCCGAAGGUGAAGAAAACUCCGCACACAAGAACAGCUAUGGGAAGUGGAGAAAUGGCAGAUACUCUAAUGGGUAGUGCAUGCUAUAUCAAGAACAUAAGAAUUAUAGAUAAUUCUCUUCAAUUGAAGUACCCUGAAUGGGUAUCCACUUGGGGUGAUGAAAAGGACUGCUAUAGUGUAGUAAAUGACGAAAAAGACUAUAAAGAUGGACCUGUGUUUUUCUUUGGCGGGCGGCCUGGAAAAAGUGUUUACUGUCCAUAAACAGUGAAUCAGAAUAUAAUCGGUUAGAAUAAUAGUGAUUGUCACAGCUCUUCAGCUCUACAAUAAAUAAAUCAAAU